AUGGCUUUAGGUACUUCACUACCACAUCAGAAACGAUCAGUGGGAGAUUUAGUCCGCGGAGUGAAUCUCGGAGGUUUGUUUGUAUUAGAGCCAUGGAUCACGCCGCAAGUAUUUGACAGCACUGGUGACAGCCGAGUGAUAGACGAAUUUACAUUCGGACAGUAUGUAGAUUCUGGGACAGCCGAGCAACUGAUAACAAACCACCUCGACACUUUCAUAACGCAAGAUGAUCUCACGCAGAUCGCCGCAGCUGGUCUCAACGCCGUCCGCAUUCCAUUCCCACACUUCGCCAUCAACCCUACUGCCGAUGAACCUUUCUACGAUUUCGGCCGUUUAAGCAAACUGAAGGAGGUAGUUGGAUGGGCGCGCGAUGCUGGUCUGCGCGUGUGGAUUGAUCUACACACCGCUCGCCAGUCCCAAAACGGUUUCGAUAACUCAGGUCAUAAAGGAGACGUGCUCUGGCAUACUGAUCAGCAGAACGUUAAUCUCGCUCUAGAAGCUAUUACCACGCUCUCGACUGAGUUCUCCAAGCCUGAGUAUGCUGGUGCUGUGGAAGUCGUUGAGCUGCUCAACGAGCCUGCCUCUUUCGCAAGCACCGCCGUCGAUCCGGUCGUCCGCCAGUACUACUACGAUGGCUAUGGCCGCAUAAAUGAACAGAGUUCGGCUAUGGGUGUUGGCCUUCACGACGCUUUCGAAGAAAUUUACGAAUGGGAUGGUUUCAUGACUUCCCCACAGUUCGAGAAUGUCUGGAUGGAUGUUCAUAGGUAUCAGGUCUUUUCUCCUUCAGAGCUGGCUAGGGGCGACGAUGAACGUAUCAGCCAUGCUUGUGGCUACGGUCCAGAUAUGUAUGGACACUCACUCGCUCAGCAUUGGACAGUUUGCGGUGAAUUCACUUUGGCUAGAACUGAUUGCGCUACUUACCUUAAUGGCCGCGAUGGUGAUCUCAACAGAUGGGAAGGUUCUUACCCAGGUAGUUACUACCAGGGCGGAUGCGACUACUUCCAUGCUAAUAACGGCGCUGAUUGGCCAGAGCAAUACAGAACCUUCUUGAGAAAAUUCUAUGAAGCUCAGAUUAACUCGUUCGAGAGAGGUUCUGGAUACUUCUUCUGGACUUGGAAAACUACCAACAGCAAUGCCGCCGAUUGGAACUACAGUAGACUGCUCGAACUCGGUAUUAUUCCUCAGAACCCUGACAACAGAAUGUAUCCAAACAUCUGUGGCUAA